CAGGUCUCAGUGGUGGGUAGGGCUUUGGUGACAAAACAGAUGGCACUGUGAUAGACUGCAUCCAAUUUGCUGAGUGGAGUGGUGGAGGCUAUUUUAUAAAUUACAUUGCUGAAGUAAAGGAUCGGUUGGAUAGUCAGUUAUACGAGGGUAUGUUUGGCAGCAUGAGUGAAGGAUGCUUUGUUGCAAAAUAGUCAUAAUCUUUAUGUCAGGAAGAGAAGGAAGAACAGAUGGAAACUGACCUCAGUUUGCCCUACAUCUACCAAUAUUUAUGUUCAGUUUUAACACCAACAGUUACAGUUGUCAUACUGCCCUCUUCAUACGCCCUAGUUACAUUAGUACAAAACCAACAUAGACCUACCAAAAUAAAUACACAGCCUCUCUCUCCUAUCCCUUCCAGGCAAACCCCUCCCUAUGAAAAACAAAUAUCCCCCUACAUCCCCGACCCACUGCCUGAUUCUAUCCCCUGACCGAUUCCCUCUUUUGUUUCCAGAACAGCAGACAGAAAUAGAAUCUUCUCCACCAUGUAAUGCCAUAAAUCGCUGCUGCCUGCCGGUCCAUCCUGGCCAGCAGCUGCGGCUCCUUCCCCCCCUCCCUCCCUGCCUCCCUCCCUCUGUUUCUCCUCAGUGUUAAUGGACCCUAGUCUUCAGCCAAGCUGCGUUUGGAGAGAGAGGGAGAAGGCUGCUGUCGGAUGGUAUUUGAUGGUGACCCUUGUCAGUUUAAUUGUUUCUAGAUGAAUCUCCAUCUGGCUGGUUGGCUGUAUGUAUGACACUCAUUCUCUCUUCAUGCUAAUUGUUUUGAUGACCUCAGAGAGGGUAUCUCUUCCUAUUGGUUUCUCUCUCCACAUCUGCUCUCUGUCUAUCUGUCUCUCUCUGUCUCUGUUGAUCUGUGUCUCUCUCUGUCUAUCUCUAUCUCUCUGUCUAUCUCUCUCUAAUUUAUAAUUGUCUCUUUCCAUGUCCUUCAAUUCUCUGUCACUGUCCCUCCCUCUUUCAUCUUUACUCUCUCCCUCUCUUUUAUUACACCAAGAGUCCCUUGUUUGCUUUCCGGUCUCGUUAGGAGAAAUUGGAAUGUACAAAAAUCACAUAAAAGAUACCAACAACAACUGCAAUAAAAGCCUUCUCCCUGACCAUAAGGAGAAGCUGAUCCAGGCUAUUAAAAGAAUAAAGCAUGAGGUAGACGAGUGCUGGGAGGCAGAGAGAGAGACGUACAUAUGGUCUGUUGGUGUAGAGAGAUGCUUUGAUAAUCUGGAACGGGAGGUCCGAGCUGAGUUCCAGAACCUCCAUCGCUUCCUGGACGAAGAGGAGACCAUGGACAUGGAGCGACUGAAGAAGGAGAAAGAGAAGAGGGUGAAGCUGCUUAGGGAGAGGGAGAAGAAGAUUGCCAUGCAGGGAAGAGAUCUGGAGAGAGGCAUUGCCACGCUAAACAACAAACUGGCCGAGGAGGAUAGUCCCAAACUGCUCAAAGAGAUUCAAGACCUCUUGAAAAGAUCCCAGGUGGCUUUCAUACCCCCUCCGCAGGUGGAUGUGGAAGUGCGAUCAGCACACUUUGUGGGGCCCAUCCAGUACAGGAUAUGGAAACACAUGAAGAGCUGCCUGUACCCAAAUAUCACUGAAGUGACCUUUGACCCAGAGACAGCCCACCCCCUCCUCACACUCUCCCCCAGCUGCACUUCUGUGUGGUUUGAGGAGGACAAAGUUAUCCCCAAGGCAUCGGAGGAGGAGCAGCCCCCCAACCCCCGCUGCUUCCACUACUACUACAGUGUCAUGGGCCGAGAAGGUUUCAUCACUGGACGCCAUUACUGGGAGGUGGAGGUGGGCCGCAAGACAGCGUGGCGGCUGGGUGUGGCCAGGGAGGACGUCCACCGGGGGGAGAUGGACUCCAGCGGGACCAGUAACGGUCUCUGGACCCUAUCCCUGAAGGGAGGGGCCAUCUUGGCCUGUACAGACCCCAAACCCACCAAGGUCCCGGUGUCCAUCAAGCCCGUCCGGAUCGGAGUGUUCUUAGACUGUGAGAAGGAAGAAGUAGCGUUCUAUAACGCUGUUACCAUGACGCCGCUGUACACAUUCUCCAUGGAAACGGUGUUCGUUCCGCUGAUCCCCUUCUAUAACCCGUGUGACACGGACGAUGGGAGGAACCUGGGUCCCCUAAACCUCUUCAGCCCCUCUAUAUGAGAGUACAGAGAACCAAGGUUGUACUGGAGUAUAUGUCGUUUGGGGAUGUGGUGGAGUGAUAGAUAGAAUUUGGAAAUGGUUUGUUUUAUACAGUGUGUGUUUCAGGUAUAAUUUCAUAGCUGGCUGGAAGCAUGAUGUAAAUUGUAUCUGUUAAAAAUCCAAUGAGUUUAUGAUAUGCAUUUACAUUUACCAGGGGAGUCUGGUGUAAGGAGCUAUAGGAGGACGGGCUAAUUGCAAUGGAAUGGAAUCAAUGGAAAGGAGUCAACGAGGUUUCCAUAUGUUUGAUGUGUUUGAUACUGUUCAAUUUAUUCCAUUCCACCCAAUACAAUGACCCUGUCCUCCCACAAGCCUCCACUGACAUGUACCUACCUACCUACCCAGUUCUAUGGUACAGCACUAUCAAUUCAUGUUUAUGCCAUUGCAUUCAGGUGUUUGCUUUGUGGUUUGAAUAUUGACAUUUUAUUGGCAUUAAACACACAAAUAAAUAGAUAAACACAAAACCUUGGUCUGUGCUCAUAACAUCAGAAUGUGAUAUGUUUGUCAUAUUGUCACAUAAUAGGUUAUGAAUGUAGAAAAACAAGACUAACGUAUCUAAAACAAGUGUCAGUAUCCUAAUGGGGGUAGAUACCCAGGGGCUUCAGGACUUAACAGGAUGGGUUAACUGCACAAUGAUGUUACCUUUGGCCCAUCUAUAAAUACUGUGGUCAUGCAUCCACAGCUGUGACACUGUCUGCAGUCCAAAUGUCACCCUAUUCCCUAUAUAGUGCACUACUUCUGACCAGGGCCCAUGGGCCCUAGUAAAAAGUAGUGCACUAUGUAGGGAAUAAGGUGCCAUUUGGGACGUAUCUAUUGUGGCAUGGGUAUGGGAGCAAUGUAGAGGCGGGGGGGGACACAGGGUGACACUGGAGAGUGUGACACUGUGGGAGAACAACUAUGUGUGACAUUGAGUGAGAUGACUGACGUGGAGGUGGGCCGCAAGACAGCGUGGCGGGUGGGUGUGGCCAGGGAGGACGUCCACAGGGGGAGACUCCAACGGGACCAGUAACGGUCUCUGGACUAUCCCUGAAGGGAGGGGCCAUCUUGGCCUGUACACCGUUACAUUUACAGAGACCAAGGCUUCCUCAGUGAGCGCGGCCAUUAGUAUGAUAUCUCACACUAUGCACGGUGUGCCAGAUAGACAGCUAGGAGAAAAGUGCUCCACGAAAUGAGAUCGUAAAAUCUAAGUGCACACACGUUAUGGCCUGCCUGCCUACCCGAAUAACAUUAGGACAAAUUCAAAGCUUUGGAAAAGUACAGAAUCAAUGACAAGGAAAGGACACUAGAUAUUUUUCUCAUAAUCUUUUGUUUAUUCUUCGUUAUGUUUUUUUAGACAUGAAAUAAAGAAAAUAACACCUUUCCAAAACGCCUGUGUGUCGUGUUGUGAAAAAAGGGAGGAGGGAGAUCAACAGACUACAGAGUGCUACACACUCCAUCACAGCAGAAGGAGUAAACAGACAGAAUCAGAAUCAGGGCAGAGAGAGAUCACUCACAUAGUGCAAGGAAUGCCAAUGAGAACACUGGAGUGAAUUUGAGGGGGUCUGUCCCAGCCAGGGGGGGAAUUGAACCCACAACCUUCUGGUCCCAAGACCCAGACACUAACCAACCAUUCCAAAUAGAGUUGACUCACUAGGAGGUGGGUUUGUUACAUUACCCCCUCUUUUGCGAAGCGCUAUAAUACAGUAGUGGUAUAAAACAUGUCAAAUUCAUCCACAUGCACAUCUCAACAUCUCAGUUCCACUUCAGGAGGGCUAGAUCUCAAAUACUGUUUGAGGCUUUGGCAUCCAUUUUGAAUUCAACCUGCUGUUUACAUACAAACAGUGCCACUGAAUUCCCAAGUUGUACAACAGUUACUGUCUCACCAAGUUACACAAUACACUUCAAUAUGUUAUUCAUCUCAUGCUAAUGCACAUUCAAAUAAACCCUGAUAACCAAAUACCAAGCAACUAGGUCAUUUAUCACUCUUCCAAUCAUGACUGAGUGUCUGAGUGCUUUAUAUGAAACACUUCCUGUCCUGACUAUAAUUUUCUGUAUCUCCUGACUGUGUUGUGUCUUUAUAUACAGUACAGUAGACCUAUAAGGUAGUCAGGUCUGCACAUAGUACUUUACCUCUGUUUAGUCUGAGACCUACAUCAUAUAAACCAAACGGUGCCUCUUGGAGUGUAUUUAUAGAAUAUAGGCUGACUAGCCAUUGAAUAUUUGAUUUCAUAUUUGAGGCACUAAAUCAAAGAUGAGAGUCAUCCCGUGUAGAGCACCUCAGAGGUGCAGGUUUGUGUGAUGUUAACCACAUACUGAGUCUGGACAAACACAGAGAGUUUUCUAAACAAAUGUUAGAUGAUAAGCAGAUCAUUGAGGACAAUCAUUUCUAAGCAUGGAUAUGUGACGUCGACAUACAGCUGAAAUUGUGAUUUUCUUUUCUCAUUGCACACACAUAGGCUAGAGGGUUAUACCUAGACACAGAUACAAAAUGAUGUGUCACACGCACACAACACGGGCACGCACAACACACUCACUCAGGUACGAUCACACACGCACACACACACACACGUUAGGAUGAAGAUAACACUAUGACUGAUCAAUCCUCCAAACACACACAGACACAGACACACACACACACACACGUUAGGAUGAAGAUAACACUAUGACUGAUCAAUCCUCCAAACACACACACACACACACACACACACACACACACACGUUAGGAUGAAGAUAACACUAUGACUGAUCAAACCUACACACACACACACGUUAGGAUGAAGAUAACACUAUGACUGAUCAAUCCUCCACACACACACAGACACAUUAGGAUGAAGAUAACACUAUGACUGAUCAAUCCUCCACACACACACAGACACAGACACAUUAGGAUGAAGAUAACACUAUGACUGAUCAAACCUACACACACACACACGUUAGGAUGAAGAUAACACUAUGACUGAUCAAUCCUCCAAACACACACAGACACAGACACACACACACACACACGUUAGGAUGAAGAUAACACUAUGACUGAUCAAUCCUCCAAACACACACACACACACACACACACACACACACACACACACACGUUAGGAUGAAGAUAACACUAUGACUGAUCAAACCUACACACACACACACGUUAGGAUGAAGAUAACACUAUGACUGAUCAAUCCUCCACACACACACAGACACAUUAGGAUGAAGAUAACACUAUGACUGAUCAAUCCUCCACACACACACAGACACAGACACAUUAGGAUGAAGAUAACACUAUGACUGAUCAAACCUACACACACACACACGUUAGGAUGAAGAUAACACUAUGACUGAUCAAUCCUCCACACACACACACA